AUGUCCUCACCACCACCCAGCAACAUCCUCCAAGACCCGAUCGGGGAGCUCGACGCCGCUCUUCGCUCCCACGCCUUCGGCAUCGACCCCCUCUCACACGUGCUUGUAGACCAAUCCUUCCCACGUACGAAUGCCGAGCGGGCGUCGGUCGCGUCCCAGGUGCGGGCGACCAAGCAGACCUCUGAUCGAGUCCACGCGCGCGCCAAGAUCGUGCUCCUCGAGAAGGAGGGGGAGGCAGAAGUCGUACUCGACCAGCGGGGAUAUACUAUCGAGAACACAACUGCACCCGUGCAGGUCACAUCACACACUUUCGAGUCGCUUGACGCGCUCCUUAUCGCCCUCUCUCCGGCGUAUGUGCGCGCGAUGAACGAUGCCGUCGCGGCGCGCUUCGCACAGGGCGUCUCGGAGCGUCGUUACCACGGCCACGAGGAUGAGGACGCCGAGGAGCCAAAGUGGAUAGACUAG